GGAGGAUAGCAAAGAAGCACAGGCCUUCAGUAAAUGAAGCUGAUAGGCAAGGUAACAUGAGUUGAUAGAGCACAGCCAGCUAAAGAGUUAUCCUUAUCUUGGAAAAGAUCUAAAUUUAUCUAAAUCUCAAAACCAGGUGUUUACAAAAGUUUGCCCCAGUUUUUCCUCCCAGUUCCAUCAAUGGUUCUUAGAUGUUGGCCACAAGAAAGACCCAUGGAAAAGGUUAUUUCACCAGGAAAAUGGGGCCUCUCCAGCGCCAGUUACGCCUUGGGGAAUAUGGAUUGUUCAAGUCUUCCCCCAUGUUUGAAAGUGAUUUUGUCCAGAUUAGCAAACAAGGUGGUCCGAUUGAGAUUCACAAUCAAGAGCAAAUUGUGACUGUUGGCAUCACCUCAACAAGCCCUGUCCUGUUGAUCCCCAAUGUGCUGCUCUUGGCUCGGCGCGUCUUACCACCUGAAGAUCAGAAAGUCACAAACAGGUCCCGAAGUUACCCUCCAGUGAGAUAUGAGCUAACAAGGUUGUUUCCUUUGCGUUUUGUCAAGAUCACAAUUCACAAUGCAGAAAGGCAGCAGCUGCGGUUUAAAUUGGCAAAUGGCCGUACUUUCUACCUCCAACUGUGCCCUGACUCUGAUAGACGAGAAGAUUUGUUUGAUGCCUGGGUCAGGAUUGUGCAACUGCUGAGGCCACCUUCAGAAUCAAGUCUCAGUGUGAAGGAAAAACCUAAACCAUCAAGGGUCUAUGAAACACCUGCAAUUCAGCCCCCACCAAUCAAACGUGCAUCUCCUCAACGGGCAGCUACGAGUAAGAGCAAAAGCAAGAGCAAGGUCAACGUAAGCACUCGCACAGCCUCUAAAACGGCCAAGAUUCAGAAAAAGGACACCAAGAAGAGCAAAGCUCCAGUCGUACUUUCAGAGAGCACAGCUAGUGUACACGUCAUGAUACCCCCACCCAGCGUAGAGGAUGCACACGCACCAGACCCACGCACACCCCCUACAGCCCAGGAGAUUGCAGAAAAGUUGAAGGAAGUAAAGAACACUGUUAAAGAGUCAGAGGAGAAGAUAAAGCCGAGUCCCAGCCACAAGGGUCUGCCUGCUGAAAAGAGUAGCUCCCAUACUAGGAGAAAAUCAUCUGACAAGAAGAGCCGUGCCAGUCGGAGCAGGUCUGGAAACAGAGGUGCCAGCCAGAAACCAAGCAAAAUUUUGUCCCUCAUCAGAUCUUGUUCUUGGAGCUAUUCGAAGAAGGACAAGAGACGAGGUUCCAAAUCUCGGAGCAAAGGGAAGAAAAGUUGAGCAGAAUGAAGCAAGAUGCCUGGAAGUAUGAAUAAUGGGACAGUCUACCCCACACAUGAAUUCUAAAUGUAAUAAAGAUAUUGGUUGGUUAUAGUUAUUGUUUUCCAGUUCAAAGAAUUCUGGUUACGAAUAAGACAGAGAAACAGGGCUCUAUGUAUUCUAGUUGGGCUUGGUACCUAGUUAUGGCUUCUAGAAAACUUUUGCUUGCUUACUGUCUGCUACACAGAAGCAAGGUAAGUAGUACAUUUUUCUACCAGGUACCAAACAAAGCAAUU